GAGUAUCCUUUUCUUGCGGAGACUCAGGGAUUCCACUAUGUCUUUAUUCAACACUAUCUUCCAGUACUUCUCCCAUGAACAAGAAUUUCUCUGCCAACUCUUCUUUGUUUCCAUACUACUGCUUCCUAUCUCUCUCUUUCUCUCCGGUACUUGCACAUGGCAACUCUUAUCAGGCUGUUUCCUCCAGCCCCUGAAGCAAAAACUUUUCUGCUAAACCAUAAACCUACUCCUCUAUUCUCUUCUCGAAAACCCCAGACCACACCUUCAAGAAAAUCCCACCAUGGAAUCCAAAGCAGCAAGUUUGGAAGCUUUCUUGACUUGAAACCUCUAUCAAAACCUGAGUCCUUGGAUUUUGAUCUCUCAUGGUUUGAUCCUGCAGACAGGCAUCGUUGCUUUGAUGUGAUCGUUAUUGGGACAGGCCCGGCUGGUUUGCGUCUUGCUGAGCAAGUGUCUCGCUAUGGAGUUAAGGUAUGUUGUGUUGAUCCUUCCCCGCUUUCUAUGUGGCCUAAUAACUACGGUGUUUGGGUUGAUGAGUUUGAGAGCUUGGGGCUUGUUGAUUGCUUGGACAAAACAUGGCCUAUGACUUGUGUCUAUAUCGAUGAUGACAAGACCAAGUAUUUAGAUCGUCCUUAUGCUCGUGUUGGCAGGAAGGAAUUCAAGACAAAAUUGUUGGAGAAUUGUGCCUCUAAUGGGGUUAGGUUUCAUAAGGCUAAGGUUUGGAAAGUGAAGCAUGAGGAGUUUGAAUCUUCAAUUGUUUGUGAUGAUGGGAUUGAGCUAAGAGCUAGCUUAGUUGUUGAUGCAAGUGGUUUUGCUAGUACUUUUACUGAGUAUGAUAAGCCAAGAAACCAUGGAUAUCAGAUUGCUCAUGGCAUUUUAGCUGAAGUUGAUUACCAUCCAUUUGAUCUGGAUAAAAUGGUUCUUAUGGAUUGGAGAGAUUCCCAUCUGGGAAAUGAACCUUGUUUGCGUGCAAACAAUUCAAAACUUCCAACCUUUUUGUAUGCUAUGCCAUUUGAUUCCAAUCUUGUAUUUCUGGAAGAGACUUCCUUGGUUAGUAAGCCUCUGUUAUCAUACAUGGAGGUCAAGAACAGGAUGGUAGCAAGGCUAAGACAUUUAGGAAUCAGAGUGAAGAAUGUUAUCGAGGAAGAGAAAUGCUUGAUUCCAAUGGGAGGACCUCUCCCACGAAUCCCUCAAAGUGUGAUGGCUAUCGGCGGGACUUCAGGGGUAGUCCACCCCUCAACUGGGUACAUGGUGGCUAGAACAAUGGCCUUAGCCCCAAUUGUAGCUGGUGCCAUUGUGGAGUGUCUUGGCUCAACCAGAAUGAUCAGGGGCAGGCCACUUCAUCAUAGAGUGUGGAAUGGCUUGUGGCCAUUAGAGAGGAGGUGUACAAGGGAGUUUUAUUCUUUUGGGAUGGAGACUUUGCUGAAGCUUGAUCUGAAGGGGACGAGGAGGUUCUUCGAUGCUUUCUUUGAUUUGGAUCCUUAUUACUGGCAAGGUUUCCUCUCCUCAAGUUUGUCCCUUGGGGAGCUUCUUCUAUUAAGCUUCUCUUUAUUUCGUAAUGCCUCAAAUCCAUCCAGGUUUGACAUUGUUACAAAGUGUCCUGUGCCUCUGGCUAGAAUGGUAGGGAAUUUGGCUCAUGAAGCCAUCUGAGGAUACACAGUCGCGACACAGAUUGAAGAAGUGUUCAUGUUUUCUGAAUAAAAGAAAAUCAUUCUUGAUUACAUUUGUCAUCUCUUGCUGCAUUGGACUAUACUGUAUUUGAAAUUGGUCCACUCACUGGAUCCCUGAAAUCAAUUGAAAAUGCUUAGCCAUUAGUCAA